AUGGUGUCUUUCCAGUGCGAGGCAUGCGGUGAUAUCUUCACCAAGAAGAAACUCGAUCCCCAUCGUAACCAGUGUCGCGGCGCGUCGUUUACUUGCAUCGACUGCAUGGUUCAUUUUCAGGGAACUCAGUAUAGGGCUCACACGUCGUGUAUGAGCGAGGCGCAAAAAUACCAGGGCGCCCUGUAUAAAGAGAAGCCUACCAAAGGCCAAAAGAAGGCUCAGAAUGGCCAGAGCACUCCCAAUCAGAAGGGCAAGGGCAAUGCCAAUGCCAACAAGCAGCCCCGAGUAGAGGAUGCUUCCGAUGGAGACUAUGUCAAGGCCGAGGUGGCCCCGCCCCCAGCGCCUAUGCCCCCUCCUGCGGGCGAAGGCAAAGCCACCUCCGAUGCGCUGACCAACGGCGGCAAACCUAUCAAUGUGUUUGACUACUUGGUCACCGACGAGACCCCCAAUGCAUCCAAGGUCACCCUGGCCCCUAAGGCUACCCCCAAGGAACAGAUGAGCAUGGUUACAAACGCCAAAUCCGUGUUUGAGCCCAGCACGGCUCUCGCCAAGUUGGAUACCAAAACCGACGACGAGGGCCACUACGAUGUUGCGUAUGAAGAGAACGGCUUCUCCUACGGUGCGGGCCCUAUCCCGCCAUCCAUGUACCCCAAGGAUGUGCCCAAUGUCUCUACGGAAUUCGUCACGCCCGCGCCCAAGAAGACCAAGAAGGAGCGCCGCAAGGAAGAAAAGCGCUCCAGCGCCAGCGGCAGUGAGAAGAAGCGCAAGCGCGGUCAAGAGCAACCCUCCAGCCCGCAACCCGACAUGGACACUCCCAUGCUCGACGCCCCAUCCAGCGUGAUCAACAACGCCGGAACCCCCGUCCUCGCACACUCCGGUCUAACCGGCGGCCUGAACCGCAUGAUGCGCUCCCCAUCCCCGGAUGACUCCCCCGAUCUCCACCGCCAAUCCUAUCACGACACCUCAUCCCCCAUCAAACGCAGCCGCCGCAACGGCAAAGAAACCAAAGAAAGCACCAGCAACGGCGACGCAGGCCUGGGCAUCUCCAUCAAGAGCCGCGCCGAACGCCUCGUCACCUCCAUGUUCGGCGGCUCCGUCAUCUCAACCAGCAGCGCGGGCAACGACUCCAACUCGCGCGCCCUCGUCCGCACCCGCCGCGGCUCCUCCUCCAGCGCCGACGGCGCUCUGGAAAUCCGCAAGAAAAAGUCCCACCGUAGCCGCCACGCGUCCGACUCACACACAGAACGCAAAGCCAAGCGCAAGAGCAGCAAUCCCAUGGACGCUGACAGACCCAGCCGUCGGCAGAAGCACAGCGACGAGCGGCGCCGUUCGGACUCGCGAUCCCCGCAUCGCGAGCGCCAGGUUACCGUGUACCGGGCAUCGAAGCCACCCGCGCGCAGCGAUGAUGUGCUGCAGCGCGAGAUGGCGGCGCAUUUCUUGAGUCUUGUUGGAUCGCGGGAUAGCGAGCGCGGCUGCUCGGUGCAUAAGGCGUUGAAGCGGUUCCAUCGGGACUUUGAGGAUGAGGGCGACUUUGAUCGGGAGAGGGGGCGGAGUCGGGAGCGGAGGGUGGAGGAUGAGAAGGAUCUUUGGAGGGCGUUGAGGUUGAGGAGGAAUGAGAGGGGGGAGAUUGUUGUUUAUGUUUGA